UUUUAAAAUGGCUGAAGUAGAUGAUCCAUCGUCUGAACAACCGAAUCAAGCAAUAGAAGAGGAAGUAUAUGUAAAACCAGAAGACAAGCAGAUGGAUGAAUUUGACAUUAAGUCUCACACAUUUGAGAUCCCAAACAAGAAAGUCAAUCUACCAACAGAUGUACCAGCGUGGGAAUCAUCAGAGGCAUACAGGGAUCUAGUUGGUUUUAUCUGUGCUGUAAGUGAAGCAGUCAAGUCCAAGAAGAUCAGGGAUGACUACCCUAUCUCAGAGACCACUACUAGGUUGGUUGGUCUCCUGGACACCAUGGACAAGUGGAUUGAUGAGAUUCCUCCUAUAGACCAACCACAGCGGUUUGGUAAUAAGGCAUUCAAGGAUUUCUAUGACCGUCUUAAGGAUGUAAGUAAGGAAGUAGAAAUA